CACCAAACGCAACGUUAAAGAGGUAAUACUACAUCAACUGCGCAUGCGUGAAUUUCGAGGGAUCGAGACAGUCAAUGUGUAUAUAGCCGGCUAAAUCUUAUAGCGCUGCUACAUGAGUGCGACCGACCUGCCCUCUUCAAACAAUACGUUUCGCUACAAGUUCCACAAAGAUUUGUCACUAAUUUGACAACGCCAUGUGUCAGGCGCCACAUACCGAGUAGAGUGUCCUUUCAGCAGAGACUUCGCACCAAAUUCAAAUAAAUUUCCUCGCAAAGUGUACUAUCAAGUGCUUUACAUGUAUUUGGUCGAAACAGACUUGGCUGACCGGCUGUAUAUAUAAUAUUAGCUCUUCCUGCAGCGUAUAUAAUUAUACAAAGCAGGACUAAAAUGCAGAGUACAAUUAAGGAUACCAAAUCAGAAAGUCCAGAAGAAUGUGACAAUAUAUUUAAAAAAGAAGAAACAGUAAAUAAGAAUUCAGAACUCGAUCAUGAAGAACUAGUGAAACUAACUAAAGAAGCGAUUAAUAAUGUAACUGAAAGUGAUCCGCUUCUUCAUGGUUUACCAAUGGAUGUGACAAUUGAAGAACUUAAAGCCCAAAUGGCAGUUGCACAAGGGCAAGCAAUAACUAUAUAUCUAAACCGCGGAGAAUUGCCAAAACUUGGAAUUGUGGUACCACCACAUAAUACUACAGUCUUAGACCUUAAGAAAGCUAUCAAACGACAUACAACAUUAUCAUUGAAAAGAGAGAAUGUGAAGCAAAUAAUAAGUUGGAAACGUGUGUGGAGAAAAUAUCAUUUAUGUUUUGAAAAUGUGAAAUUAACAGAUGAAAGAGAAAAUAUUAAAACCUAUGGAAUCACAAAUAAAGCAGAACUAUAUUAUGUGAAAAGACGGAGGGAAAAAAAUAAAUUGACAAGAGACACCUAGUUGCA